GCAUUCUGCAGAGCAGCUCGGUGCGGAGAGGACGGCUCGGAGGAUAUUUGUGGACUCCGGGAAACCGAAAAGCAGCUGGAGGAUAAUCUAAGAUUCUGCAUCUGCUUGCUGCCUUGAAGACGAACGUUUGUCAGAUUUUGCGUGUGCGACACAUUGAGGCUGUGCUUGGAACCGGGUCUGUGUGCUAAACAUGGGAGACCAGAGAUCCGGCCAGCGACUCCUCCCCCUGCUGCUGCUCCUCACGCUCCUCGCCAGGCUGUCGCAGCUGUGGGCCUUCCCCUUCAGCCCGUCCCUGGACCUGGACGUCACUCCCAGGACUACUGUCUUCUCCGAAGGUCUGUUGGGGAGCGUCAGUUUCACCGGUUCUUCCAGGAACUACAGCACCCUCCUGCUGGAGGAGGAGAGCGGGCUGCUGUACGUGGGAGGCCGCGGGGUCCUGCACGCGCUCAACACCACCGACAUCUCCACGACCGCAAACCUGACGAUUGAUUGGGAUGCUUCUCCCGAACAGAAGAAGCAGUGUCUAAACAAAGGCAGAGACAAUCAGACACAGUGCUACAAUCACAUUCGCUUUCUGCAGCGCUUCAACGAGUCUCACCUGUAUGUCUGUGGAACAAACGCCUUCAGACCUCUUUGUGCUUACAUCGACGCAGAGCGGUUCAGCCUCUCCUCCGGCUUUGAGGAGGGCAGAGACAGGUGUCCGUACGACCCGGCGAAGGGAUUCACUGGCCUCCUCGUCGACGGCGAGAUGUUCACGGCCUCUCAGUACGAGUUUCGUAGCUCUCCAGACGUGCGGAGAAACUUCCCCUUCCCCACGCUCAGGACAGAGGAGGCCCCCACCCGGUGGCUUCUGGAGGCAGAUUUUGUGGGCUCCGUGCUGCUGAAGGAGAGCUUCAACAGCUCCAUUGGGGACGACGACAAGAUUUACUUCUUCUUCACGGAGAGGAGCCAGGAGCAGAUAGCCUACCCGAGCCAGACCAAGGUGUCCAGGGUGGCCCGAGUCUGCAAGAAUGACUGGGGGGGCCAGAGGACCCUGCAGAGGAAGUGGACCUCCUUCCUCAAGGCCAGAAUGGUGUGUUCAGUGCCCGAAUACGAGCUGCACCUCAAUAUCCUGCGCAGUGUGUUCGUCCUGCAGGGUCGGGACGCUCAAAGCAGCAUUUUCUAUGGCGUCUUUGGCCUGGAAUGGAAGAAUAUCAAAGCAUCUGCUAUCUGCCAGUACGCCUUCUCGGAUGUGCAGAGGGCGUUCGACGGGCCGUUCAUGGAGGUGCAGGACUCAAAGUGGAGGGAGUACACAGGGAAGGUUCCAGAGCCAAGACCGGGAUCUUGCAUAACAGAUGUGCACAGGUCCCACGGCAUCAACUCAUCUCGAGACCUCCCAGACAACGUCCUCACUUUCGUCAGAAGGCACCCGCUGAUGGCCAGCCAGGUGCACCCGAUAGGCGUGCGCCCACUCAUGUUCAAGAGGAGUGUCAACUAUGUGAAGAUAGUCGUGCACAAGGAGCCGGCGCUGGAUGGGAACACUUACACCGUUCUGUUUUUGGGAACUGAUGACGGGUGGCUGCACAGAGCCGUCGACAUCGCUGGAGAAAUGCACAUCAUGGAAGAGCUGCAGCUGUUUGAUAGAGCCCAGCCCGUAGAGAGCAUGGUCAUCUCCUCUGCUCUGCGGAGCGUCUAUGUCGGCUCCCACUCCGGAGUGGUGCAGGUACCGAUGUCCGCCUGUCAGAGGUACACUUCCUGUUACGACUGCGUGUUCGCCAGAGAUCCGUUCUGCGGCUGGGACGGGAGGGCGUGUGUGGAAAUAGCUUCACGUGUACAGAGGUCAAACUUAACCCAGGAUAUCCUGAAGGGAAUCAGAGGUUGCAAGGAGAACUCAGGAAAUGUGGUCCACCGGCGGCGCUCGGUGAUGUCGGGUGACGACGUGCUGCUCCAGUGUGAACUGCGCUCCAACCUGGCAGCUCCACGCUGGACGCUGAACGGCAAAGAGCUCCAGGGAUACGACCUCAAUUCGGGCUACCGCAUCGGCACAGACGGCCUCCUCAUCAUCGGCGCUCGCGCCCAGCAGAGUGGGUCUUACCGCUGCUUCGCCUUGGAGAACUCCGUCUCAGUCCUGAUUUAUCUUUACACCGUCAGGGUGCACACAGACUCCUACUUCCCCGUGGAGCCCAUAGCCGCGACGAACCCCGCAACAGUUCCCAGCACGACCGUCUCCUCCAGCAGCCUCGCCGAGCAGCCUCUGCCCUCGCCCGCCGCCCCGCGGACUCCGGGAGCGGAGAUCCAGACAUACAGGCACAUGGAGGCCGUGUACAUUUCCCUGGUGGCGGUCCUCGGGGGGCUUUGCCUGGUGUUGACUGUGGUGCUGCUUUACGUGAGCUUCUGCACCAGACGGGCGCCUCGGGACCGAAACUUCUCCCAGCAGGGGUUGCACGUCCUGGGGUCCUCUGAGAGAAAGAGGAGUUCCCAUAUGGAACUUAAAACCAUCUCCAGCCACUACAGCGGCCGCCACAGUCGGCGCUCCACCUCGGUGCCAACUUUCGGGGACUUGGGCGACAGCUUCCUGCAGAUCGUUCCGGGCGAGGGCCAGUUCUCUCCGUGCAAAACGCCUCCGCCAGCUCCUCCUCUUCCCAUGCCGCCUCCGCUGCCCAACAUGGACUACGCCAACGGGCUGUCGGACACUCUGCCCAGCGUGCUGAGGAAGAUGAACGGGAACAGCUACGUGCUGCUGCGGCAGGUCGACCACGACGGCAUAUCGCCGCUCUACCACUCCUUCACGGAGGAGCUCAACAGGAUCCUGGAGCAGAGGAAACACGUACAGCUGGACCCGCAGCCCGAUGAGAGCUCCAUCUAGGACGCCCCUCUCAGUCGUUGCUAUUUAUUUUGACCCCACAAGGGUGACCCGUAGCUGAGGGGGGAACUGACUGUUGUAUCAGACGCUGCUGUUAUCACCUGCAGGUCGAGUCCUCACUCAAUCUGAAAUGUGCAGACGUGCCCCACGACAAACGGCCCAUGAUUUCAAGUCAACGACGGACUGCACUAACCAGAGAUUGAUAUUUAAAACGUGUAGCUGUGUAAAAUAGAUUAGCCACGGACUGUUACAAAAUGACCACGAGCUGGCACGGCUCUCUGGAGGCUUGUGAAAGAUGGCGGUCGGAUGACACAAAAAAUACAAAGGUGCAAACUGGGACACAAAACUAAAUCAGGCCAGGAGGUGAUCUUGUAUUUAUGGGACUGUGGGAGUGUUCAGGAAGUGCGAUGUAACAGGACCCUUCGAUGGAGCUUAAAGUGAUACUCCACCCAAAAUGUGUGGUGCAUUGUUACUAAGCAUUUAAAUGCUGUUGGAAACUAAAUCAUGUACCUGCCUGUUGCACGUUUGUGUUCUCACAUCUGAAGGGGUGAACAGGUUUGACUCAUCACGCUGAUGGUGGUAAGCGUGCAGCCAUGACUGCCCGCCCACAAUAUUAUGCAGUUUUGCUGCAGCAUAUUGUGAGAUUAGUCGUGGACAGACACAGAGGUACACACACUCACACACACACACGUGAGCAAUCGCCUAAUUUAUUUCUAGUGGAGAUGAUAAGAAUUCAGUCAGGCUGCAAUUUACAAAUAUUUUAAUGAUAAAUUAAUCUGCCAUUUAUAUAUUUUUCAUUUAAUUGUUUAAUCUCAAAAGAUGACAGAAAAGAGUGAAGAAAAAAAGUAUUUUUUAUAUAUAUUAUAAAAUAUUUAUGAAUGAGGAUUCUCCCAGAAUAAAAAGCUUCUGUUCUCUACGACAUUAUUGAACCUGUUUGAUUUUCAAAAGACAGAUCUCAUGUUUGUGGAGUAUCACUUCAAGAAGCUGUUACAGCACGCAAGAGCUCAGGUGGAAAGAAAAUCAUGAAUUUCAAUAUAUGUAUAUCAAACCACUCUUUCUUCAUUUCCUUCCCUCCUCAUGUAGAGUACAGUGAAAAACAUCACUAGUUGCAGCUGUUAUAAGCAGUUUGCUGAAGAAAAAAAAACCUGUAGCAAAACCUGAGCAUCUGUGUGAGUAAAGAGACACAGCUUGUUCCGUCUCUUAUUGACCAUUAAGGAGCCACUUUGUGGUCACAUUGAUUGAAUGUCCUCGAGAGAGGGAACCACAACACGCUGGAGGCAAACGGACCAGAUAGUUGUUAUAUGUUUAUAUACAUAAACGUUAUCUUUGUCAGACUGAAUCCCAGUUUGUGUCGACUCUUUGGCCCUUUUUUUAAUGACGUCGCAAAAAGACAAAAUGUUUUCCCAUCUACUUCUUUAUCGCGUCCUCUUGGGUGAGGGGGGGGGGUACUUUUAAAAAAAACUGCUGGUGGAGAGUUGUUGAGUCAGAGUAGAGAAAAAACCUUCACAUAUGCGAGGCCACGAAGCCCCCCCCUCUUGUUUACCUGACAUCAGAGCAAGGCCAAAACAACAAAACAACACCAAACCGCGCAAUAUUUUCCUCGACGAGGUGAACGACGAUGUGAUUAAACGGCACAAGCACAAUUUAGUGUGGAUGGAAAUUAAAUAAUCCGAGCAGUUUGUAAACGUGUCGCUGGUGAAAAGACAUCUGAGAGGAGAGGACGCGGGCCUCUUGUAGCAGACAGAAAACAUUUGACCCGAGUGACCUGGUCCGCCAUGCGGGAAACAGAUGAUGAUACAAGAGGGCAGCAGCUAUUUUGCACUCGCAGGUUUUUACCCAUCGUCCUCUUUGUCGACCUUGUGAGCCGCUUUUCUCUGAGAAGGGUGCAGAAAAUGCACUCUAUGCGGACUGAGGCUGAGAGGCCUCGGUAGGAUUCAAAGGGACCGAGGGCUGAUGGCACAGAAGAGGCGUCACUACACACACGUCACACAUGUGAUUAACCAACGUGUCCUCGUACGAUGAUAUCUUAUAAACAAGCUCCGCCUUUUUUCUACGAAAGCCAAUUUACAAACCUCCGUCUUCACAGGCAUCUACUUAGUUUAGGCAAGAACACUAGCGGGUUGUGUUUGAGGAGUAGAUCAAGGGAUGCUUUAUGUUUAAUGAAAGACUGUCGUCUGGGUUUUAAUAACUUUGGAAGUGCAGCUACGGGGAACGAACAGUGACCCAUCGACCUCUCCUUUGUCGUCCUCAUCUUCAUUCUUCCCGCCUCUCUCCUCACCACAUCUAUUACUCUGCUCACAUCCACACGGCUGAGUUUACAGACGACCCAAGAGUUCGUGUUUGUGAACCAAUCCGAUUUUCUUGCAUUAUAAUAGAUGCCGUCGAUCUGACGUUAUUAUUUUUGGCAUAGUUUUCGUUGCACGCACAAAGCCUAAAUAUGAAUCUGUGUCCUAAAGAUGACAGAAAGUGAAAGUUUUCUGAUUCACGCUGAUCUAGAGGCGUCAUUUAAUUUUAUUUCAAUCAAAGUUGUAAAGAAAUGUUCUUGUUUGGUUGUAUUUUAAGGCGAGUUUAACAUUUGUUUUCUCCAUGUGUUAACUCAAAGUAGGCCCUAGUGGACAAUCCUCCACAUGCUGAAAGCUUCUUCUGGAUCUUCUCGACCUUUGCUGCUGCUUCAUUGCCACUUAGAGGACAAUCUGUUUACAAUAGGCACUGUGCUGCACGUGAUAGUAUGAGCUUGAAAAAUAGCUAACAUAUUGGCUUCCAGUUUUAGUCACGUUGUUUCUGCACUCAAACCCCACAGUGACGCCCCCGCUGCGUCAAUAUGCAAGAUACAGCAUAUUUUAUUUACAUUAUUUCUCUGGGUCGUUGGCCAAAGAAAGUGCUGUAAAGAGUUCACAAUUUGCACUGUUAUUUUGUCAAGGUCAUAUAAAUGUACCCUUGUAAACUGUGACGCCUUCCAUCAAGUUGGUUCUGUAUGAUUUUUAAUGCACACUGAACUGAUCCUUGUGGUUUUCUCAAAAUAUAACUUGCUGCUUGUAAGAUGGUUUUAAUCACCAGAGCUGCUGAUAGAAAGAACUUCCCAUUGUUUUGUGUAUCUUGUCUCUAAUGUCUAAUUUCUUUGAAUUCAAUAACUUUCCAUUUGCUUUUGUGCAGAUAAAAACACUUAUGAUCGGCUCGGUGUCAACAGCCCUGAGGGGCAGUCAGGAAAGAACAUGCAAAACAUGUUCACACAAACCCGAACUCUCAAGACACCACAGCACGUUUUUGUUUAGCUCGUGGCAAGCCUCUGUCCUCCAGUGGGAAGGGAGCUCACACGUGAUGCCAGAGUCCACAUACAUGCACAUUCGACUCUGACAGAGCAGAAGUACUGCGUAAGCUCCGAGGGGGGAUAGAAAUGACCGUUUUCCAGGCAGUAACUAAGCAACAGCAUCUUGAUUUAGAGCCUUUAAUGUCCAAGCGUGGGUCUAGCUGUGCCAGUUCCCAUUGGGGAGCGCGGGUGUGAUGAGAGCAAAGUGGCCCUCAUAUCUGUAGAUUAAUUAAAAGGCAGGAAGUGAGCAUGAAACAGCAGCUGUCAUGUUUGUGCCAGUUGUUUGGCUUUCAGUCUUCUCCACGCUUUAACAGGCUGGACAGCUCCUUUGUACCUAAAUGGCAUGCUGCAGGUCGACAGAUCAUUGACAUGUCCACGCUUCUCAACCCACAAUCCUUAUAAAUAAUUAAGCUCAAGUGCAGAUAAUUGGGGAGAAAAUGAGUGCAAUCAGCAGCAGUGUCCCGCCGCAGAGCUUCGUCUCCGCUGUCACUCACUCAACGCCCUCCUCUGCAGGCGUCUCGCGCUCUUAUUCUACAUGAAUUUUCAAAAGGUGGCCGGACCAUUUCUCUGCAUCCAGAGCUAUCAUUUGCCAGCAGGAACAAGCAAUCUGCUCCUCGGGGGCGCUUUUGCACAUUCACUCCAAUGCUUAUUUGUAUUCAUCUGAGGACCGCUACUUGGUUAUAAUGAUGGGGAACACUUGAGGUCAUUUGUGAAAGGAAAGGGUCAAGCGGCCUUUUGCGGUCAGAAAUGAUGAAUUCAGGGAGGGAAUUGUAGAAAAAGAAGAGGCUAGGAGUUUUGCCGCCAUCCGCCUUGUUGAAUUUAAACGAAUUCGCCCACUGGAGGAGUUUCCCGUUGCGAUCAUUGGGCGGCUCCGUGCUGCUGAAGGUUGAGACUUGACCUGCCACACGACCAUCUGUCACGUCAGUCUAAACUCUGGAUCCUUUAAAGUCGUGCAGCGAGGAAACCCCUCAAACCUUCUCAGUAUUCAACUGUAAAAACAUGUACAUUCCCUUGUGACAUACAAAUAAAAUAAAAGGUGUACAUCUGA